UCACAAAGCAGGUUUAGUGAAAACUCUGAGUUAGUUAACCCUGAGAUGAGGGAAACUCUGGUUUUUCAGUUUCACAAAGCCAGUUCAGCUUUACUCUGAGUCAGUUACCCUGGCAACAUACUCCGUGAACCUAACCUGCUCGCUGGCAGGUUUUCUUCAACUAACCCCGAGUUUCUCCUGCUCUUAAGUUGAAGCCUGCAGACUGAAGGCAUUGGCAGACAUGGCGUGUCCUUUUAUUGAAGAGCCAGUUGAUGUCGAGGCGCAGAUACUCCGCAGAAAUCUCCACCGGGAGAGGAUUAUUAGACCCCGAUUGGAUGUUUUAUCAUUCCCUGAUGAGUAUCUGUUUGAGCGUUUCCGUUUCUCGGCAUCAUCUAUAAUUUAUAUAAACGAUAUUCUCAGCCCUCACAUCGCUCACAUGACGCAUCGUGGAUCAGUUGCUCUCAGUUCCGAGCAAAUUCUUUGUAUUGCACUUCGUUUUUUGUAUAACGUCGGUGAUGCAGAGCAUGUGUCCAAGGCAACUGUCUGUCGGGCUGUCCGAAAUGUGACACUUGCACUGAAACGGCUACUAUGCACGUUUGUAGUGUUCCCAAGUCACAGACCCACCAGACUUCUCAAAGAAGAGUUCCACAGAAUUGCAGGGUUUCCAGGUGUGAUUGGCUGCAUAGAUGGCACUCACAUUCCUAUCAUCGCUCCUUCAAUAAAUGAAGGAGAUCAUGUGAAUAGGAAAUCUGUCCGCAGCAUUAAUGUGCAGGUAGGCCUAAAUAGUAGCCUUUAACAUUCCAAAUUAAAUAUACUACACCAUACAGCUAAUUACUGUUCUCCACUGUGAAGAUCAUAUGUGAUGGAGCCCACAUGAUUAACAAUGUGGAAGCGAAGUGGCCUGGGUCUGUGCAUGACUCACGAAUGUUUCGUGAGUCGACACUGAGUGCCAGAUUUGCCCGUGGAGAGUUCGAUGGUUACCUACUCGGAGACAGAGGGUACCCCUGCCAGCGCUAUCUGCUGACCCCUUACCCUGACCCUGAGCCUGGCCCACAGCGACACUACAACUUGGCUCACUGCAGGACACGAGCCAGAGUGGAGAUGACCAUCGGGAUACUCAAGGCCCGGUUCCAGUGCCUUCGUAGGCUCAGGGUCACCCCAGAGAGAGCUUGUGACAUUAUAGUGGCAUGUGUGGUUCUCCACAACAUUGCCACUAUUAGAGGAGAACAAUGUCCUACUCUUUCCCCCUGUGAUCCAGGCAUUAAUCAUACCCCCCCUGCUGAUACACGAGAUGGAAGAGCUGUUAGAGACAUGAUAUGUGUCAAUCAUUUCUAACUGACCCAUCACCUCCCCAAUGUUCAAGAACGACAAUAUGCAUCUCAUUUUAUGAGGUCU